AUGAAUACAAAUAUAGAAGUGAAUUGUGGAAAAAAGGAAAAGAAUAACUCCCAUAAACAAAAUGAACAUCCCGAAAGUGUUAACAAAUUUUUUUUACCUAAUGGGGCAAAAAAUAAUUGCAUAGUGCAGGAAAAACGUAAAACAGAAAAAAUUAAAAAUGCAAAUGAAAAUAUACUAACUAAUGAAAAUGAAAAUAUACUAACUAAUGAAAAUGAAAAUAUACUAACUAAUGAAAAUGAAAAUAUACUAACUAAUGAAAAUGAAAAUAUACUAACUAAUGAAAAUGAAAAUAUACUAACUAAUGAAAAUGAAAAUAUACUAACUAAUGAAAAUGAAAAUAUACUAACUAAUGAAAAUGAAAAUGUACUAACUAAUGAAAAUGAAAAUAUACUAACUAAUGAAAAUGAAAAUGUACUAACUAAUGAAAAUGAAAAUAUAAAUUUACUAACUUAUGAAAAUAAAAAUAAAAAUAAACUAAAUGAUGAAAAUAGAAAUAUAAAAACUAUACUGACUGAUGAAAAUAGAAAUAUAAAAACUAUACUGAUUGAUGAAAAUAUAAAUAUAAAUAUAAAUAUACUAAAUGAUGCAAAUAUAAAAAAAUCUAAUGCUGAAAAUAUACAAUUUGAAAAAGCAAAAAGGUGCCAGGAGAAAAUAAAAGCAGGAGGAGUGUACAAGGGAAAUUUUGUAAAGUGGGACGCAAAUAAAAUUCAGUGCGAGGAAAAAAAUAUCCCCUUUGCGGAAAAAAAUACUGCAUACAGCGAACUAAAAGUGGAACAACGAAAAAAGGAAAUUGCAUAUUAUAAAAAAAAGAAUAGAUUGCAUGCUCAGAAUAAAAAAAUUAAAGCAGAUAAUAUUAAUAGGAAUAAUUGUAUUUUAAAAUUUACGGAUUACAAAAGUGUUUCAUUCAUUAAUUUUUUGAAAAAAAUAAAAAGAGAAAAAAUUAAAGCUGCGGAUAAAAUUAUUAACGAAGAAUACUUUGAAAAAAAAGAAGAAAAGAAGCAAAAAAAGAAGGAAGAUAACCAAAAGGGUAACAAAAAAGAAAUUAUUAAUGAUUGCAAUUUUUCCUGUACGCAAAAUGAAGAUUACAUUUUAGGAGAUUAUCAUAGGAAUACUGAAAAACUUAGCGCAAGCAAAAAUCGAUGCGUUAUCGACAAAUACAACGCAAGUGGGGGUAAGCAUUCGAAAAGAAAAUGCAAAAAAGCCAUUAUGAAUAAUUUUGAGGAACAUAACUGCCUAGGUAAUGGACGAACAGAACAACAUUACGUAGAACUAAACAGUCAGGAUGAGAUAAGUAUAAAUUAUGAGUACUUCGAGGAGGAGAGUAAUAAGGUAAGAAAUAUUUCACAGAAAGAAGAAAAAAAGUGUUUUCCGAAAGAUUCAUCCACUGAAAAUAAAAUAAAAUUUUUUUUUUUAAUUUUUUGUAAUGGUUGUUUAGUUGUUAUUCUAGGAGUAAGUAAUAAUAUAUGCGGGAGAAUGCGAAAUAGGGUUUUGAAAAAUUUUGAUAGUCUAACUGCUUCCUACAAUGCCAUUGCGUAUGUAACAAUUUAUUUAAUCUUGUGUAUUGUUUAUUUUAAAUUUGGAAGCAUAAAGAAAAGACAUUGGUCUUAUAUAUACCCGUGCAUAAAUAAUUUCUUUUUAAAAAAAAAGAAAAAAAAAGAAAGUGAAUGUAAAAGUAAUCAAAUAAAGAAUAGGAGUGAUAAAAAAAAAGAGAAAGAGGACAACUAUUUAGCUGACUCAAAUGAUAGAGAAGUAAUAAAGGGAAAAAAAAAUUUUUUGAAAUUUUUCUAUAUUCACAAAAAAAGAAUAUAUGAACCUUUAUUGGUGAACGAGGGUAAUGAACAGGAGCGACGGUAUCAUAACAGUGCAUGGAGUGAUGAUGAAAAUAAGUGCAGAAUAGUAAAUUAUGAUAAGAACCCCUGUUUGAGUCAGCAUGGGAGUGGAAGUAAACAUCAAAGGAAAUAUGAAAAGCUCAUAGUGGAGAAAAGAAAUUCAUAUCCAAGCAUCCCAUGUGCGUGUCCUCAAAAUAAGGGAAAUGGGAAAAAAAUGUAUUUAAGGGAAAAUGCAGAAGAAAAUAGUCCACAUUAUUGUAAUAUUGAGAAAAAUAAAAAUGCAAAAGAACAUAGUCCACAUUAUUGUAAUAUUGAGAAAAAUAAAAAUACAAAAGAACAUAGUCCACAUUAUUGUAAUAUUGAGAAAAAUAAAAAUGCAAAAGAACAUAGUCCACAUUAUUGUAAUAUUGAGAAAAAUAAAAAUGUAAAAGAACAUAGUCCACAUUAUUGUAAAAAUAAGAAAAAUAAAAAUGCAAGUAAAAUUAGUAACUCAUAUAGCAUUAGUUUGAAGAAAGACAUAUCAGAUGAAGAAGAUAUGCGAUAUUUUAACGAACAAACCAUAAAGGGCAUUUUAGAAAAUUAUAAAUAUCAUGAAAAAGGUGAGGACAUUAUUUCUGAUAAAAAAGCGAAAAGGUACAAAAUCAUUUUGGCUAUACAAAAUAAAUGGAAAUGUUUAGGGGCCUUUAAGUAUGUUGUGUUACUGGCUCUAUUAGAUAUAAUAUCCAAUACUCUGUAUUUUGUAUCCCAGCUAGCAAUUCCAUUAACUAUAUUACUAUUACUUAAUCAGCUAAAUUUUAUUUUUUCCAUUAUUUUAUCUUUUUUAAUUUUAAAAAGGAAAUAUAAUAUACAUCAUGCUAUAUCAGUUGUAAUUGUGUUGAUAGGUUUCUUUUUUUUUUAUUUCCCAUUCGUAUACAAAUGGACCAUAACAAAUGUAACUAAGCAAGUGUUAGUUAGUUAUUUUAUCAAUUUAAAUUUUUAUAUAAAUCUUAAUCAAAAUAAUUGGGACAGCAAUCUUCUUGAUAAUUCCUUUUACUCCUGUAAUUCGCCAUUAUGUGCAGCGCCAUUCAGUUUAUUCGCUUCAGUUCUCUUUUGCAUAUUUUCAAUUUUCUUAACAUCAUUUGGAGGUAUAGUCAGGGAAAUAUUUUUUUCCGAAUACAUCAGGGAGAGAGAAGAAAAGGGGACAAAGAGGAAAAAAGAAGGGAAAGUAAAAAAAAAUGAUGAAAAGGAGGAAAAAAUAGAAGAAAAAAAAAAAGAUAAAGACAAAGAAGACGAAAUAGAACGCGAAGUAAACAACAGAAUAGAAGAAGACAAAAGAAGCAGUCGCAGUCGAAACGCCUUGCUAAUCUUUUUCAAAAAGGGCAGAAAAAGCACACCAGAAACCAAUUCUUGUGCUGGGUUCGAGUUAAGAAAAUCGAAAAAUAAGUUGUGCCAAAUAGAAGACGUAAAAUAUGCAUCUUCAUUGGAUAGAAAUGAAGCGAAAGGAAUAAUUGAAAAAAAGAAAAAGAAAGACAACUAUAUGGUUUGCAAGGAACAUAACGAAAUUAUGCAAAAUAAUAAGUGUAUAAUGAAUAUAGAAAACGUUUGCAUAAACCGUAAAAAAGAAUACGCUAAUCUUGAUACAAAUAAAGAUAAUUCUUUUAUAAAUAAAGAGGAAGAUACGUGCAAUUAUGCCAACAAUUCCAAUUCCAAUUCAUCAGGUUUAAAGAGUAAUAUAGAAAAAGAAAGUAAUACUAAGAGAUUUCUUAAAGACACUGAUGAAGGUGAUAAUGAUAACGAUAGGACAAUUCAUUUUAGAAAUGUAUCCCCAAUGAUAAGCAAAGGCACAAAAAAAGAAGUAGUACAAAUAGCAGUAGAAAAGGACUGCUCUUAUAAAAAUAAUUUGAGUAGAAAAAAAGAAUAUAAAAAGGGAGAAGACAAAAUGAGUGUCCUUUUGCUAUCAUUCAAUGUUUCACUUAUUCAAAUUCUUUUACUACCAUUCAUUAUUUACUUUCAAUUAUUAUUUAAUAAAAAUAAAGAAGUGUCUUAUUAUUUAUAUAUCACGGAUAGUCUUAAGUGUUUUUCAGGAUAUACAAUGGAAAAUAAUGAAAAUUGUAGAUAUUCUUUUGUUGUUUACUUUUUGUAUAUACUUGUAAAUGCUUUAUUUAAUUUAAGCGUUUCCUCCUUUUAUAGUAAUUAUUCAUCAGCUGAAUGUUUUUUAAUAUUAAAAUCAUCCACUCCUAUUACUUUAGUAGUUCUCUACUUUUUUAAAUUUCCCUUUAUAUCGGAUACUGAUAAAUAUUUCUCUUUUUAUUUUCUUAUUAGUAUAAUCAUUGUUUUUAUAGGCGUAGGUUAUUUUUUCUAUCAAACAGUAUUAUUAGAUAAAAAAAAAAAAAUUAAAUAA